AUGGAUCCAGAAAACGAGAGUCAGUUCAAAACGACACCAGCGUCUAGCCAGCCUGACCAACGCACUCAGCCUUGGAAGGCAUUCUUGCCCAAAGAGAUGUUUGAGAAGGAAGCAGUCGAAGAUCUUGAUACUGGAAACAUGGGGAAAGAUGGACUUUGUGGUUUUGAUCAGCAACAGAGCAUACCCUCAGCGCCGACCGAUGGGAUCCGUCUUAAUCACCACUCUCGAAACGAAAAUUUCGGGUUCCAACUUGUGUCAAACACGUUGAGAGUUCCUCCUUCUACCGUAGAAGAGGGGACGACUCUCUUGCUCACCAUCAUCCAACGUGACAACUAUUCGAAAGAGGAACGAGAAGCAGCCUCGAAUCUUUCAAGGCAACUGGAUGGUCUUCCGUUGGCCGUCAAUCCCAUGGCCUCACAAAUGGUUUCUCGACAAAUGUCUCCUGUUCAGUUCAUCAAGUCCUUUGAUAGAUAUUCGGAGCGAUUGUUCGAGAAAGUCAACACUGCUUUCCAUUCUUCUUUUGACUCCCUUGACGAGACCUCGGUUACUGUCUUCGGUGUUGCACGUUUCGUCGUACAAGAUGCUAUUCCGGAUGAUUUGUUCAAACCGGAUGAUGAUACCCCGAUAGGAAAGGAAGGGCCAUGGGAUGAUCCGUGGGUGUAA